CGUUCCGACCGCGCAGGCUCGCAGGCUCGGCGACGCGGCUUGCACGUGGUCGGUGCCUACUUUGAGUACUACGGUCAGAGAUGCCAAGCGCUACAAGCGGUUGCAGGCGGGCGGCACGGUGGCAGCCGUGGGCCUAUUGCAACUUCAGACUAACUUGGGCAAUCGCGGCGAUGUUGAAGGCGCGAGCCGCGGCCAGAGCUAGCGUCCAGUAACACACUAGGCAUCCCUAGCAAGCAAGCAAGCAAUCUGCAGUCCUCUACCUUCUCCGGAGCUCGCAGCGCUCGCCAGUGAGCUUCCAGUGGUCGUGCCUACUCGAGCGUGGCAAGAAACGGCGCCUCGACCGGCUCCUCGAGCGCUGAGCUGCCCAUUGUGCCAGCGCCAGCCUGCGAGCAAUCAUGUACCGAGCCGCGAAGCGCUUCGCGACGCCACAGCGGUGGCGAACGAGACGGCUGUCCGGCUGGAGCACGACACCGGAAGUCGCCGCCCUCUCGGCGUGUCUCGAGCGCCACGGCCUCAUAGCCGAAGCUGUACUCGACUCGUGCGGCGCCGCGGCCUUCGCGGACGCGUGCCCUGCGAUCGGCGCGUCCGUCGGCGCCCACCUCCGGCACUCGCUCGAGCACGUCCAGUGCUGCGCGACCGCCGUCGAGAGCCUGCGAAACGGAUCGCGCACGCCAAUUUUGAAUUACGACGGCCGGGAGCGCGACGCCGAACUGGAACGAGACCCGGCGUACCUGGCGGCGCGGAGCCGGGAGUUGUUGAAUGGUAUUGUCGACGGCGACGGCGUCGACCUCGACGCGGAAGUGCUGGCCGCCUUCGCGCUCGACGCCUCCGGCGACGACGCUUUGCUCCCAUCAACUCUACGACGGGAGCUCGCCUUCGCCGCGCACCACGCGACGCACCACUUCUUCGUGGCGGGCCUCGUCGCGAAGUCGCACCUCGGGCUCGCGCUGCCCGACGACGUCGGCCGCGCGCCGGCGACGCUGCGGCACGACCGGCAGUCUUCUUCCUCGACGGGGGCGUACGUCGAUGUCGGUGGGUAGGCUUUCGCUUGCUAGUGUGUCUGUGUGUGCGCUAGGUCUGGUUUUGCGCGGCUGCUGCCGUGCUGCGAACCGGUUCAAUUGGUUGAUUGGUUCGACGGCUGCCAAGCUCUCUCAGCACCACUCCUGUGCGCACGGCAGCACCUCGCAAGCCAUGCGCACAACAAUAGCCCUCCUCGCCGCCGCCGCGGCCAGCGCCAAAAACGUGCGGUUCUGCUGCAAGACCGAGUUCCCCGAGACCGCGCUCGGCGAUCCGUUCUGCGGCCGCCAAGAUUUAGUCUUCGUGGGCCACCGGCAGGAGGCUAGAGAGUGGAGCAGAGACACGGUGCUCGAGUUUCUGAACGGCGUCGCCACGAAUUUAUUGUUCUUGCUGCCGCUGAGGAUGCUCCACGCGCGGCGACGGACGGCGGACACGGCAGCCUGUCUGGGACUCAUCAUAACCUCGUCGGCCUACCACUACUGCGACGUCUUUCGGAUCAAACUACUGGGCAUGAAUGCGGGAAACUGGCACCGCCUCGACAACAUCUUCGCCAUCGUCACGCCGGUGGCGGUGGUGCCUCUACUCAUGGGCAGGGCGCGCACGCCGCAGCACCAGCGGGACAUCGACUUUGUCAGGUGGUCGUCGCUCUUCAUCGGGCUGUUCUUCCAGGAGCUGAACCCCUGGAAUGUUUUGUGCACGAUCACGCCGGUCAUCCUCGCGUUCCUCUACUACCUCUGGUGGUGGAACAAGCGCGCGCCGAAGGGCCACGCGGCGCGGUUCCGGACGCGGCCCUUCCGGCUGGCUUUGGUAGCUUCGUGUUGCGCCGUGGUCUGCUUCGUCAAGGGAUUGGACGAACAUAAUGACCCGGCGCGGUUCUUCCACGGCUGUUGGCACAUCGCGAAUGCCGCCAGCGCGUCGCUGCUGCUCGCGGCGUUGGACCCGGUCGAGGCGACUCGUCUCCGGGAAUGACUCGUGAGUCGUUUUUGGCGAGACGGCGGCGUCUUCGCGGAGCUACUGGUCAGGUCCUGCGAACGGCGCCGAAGAGCGGUCGGUCCCGGGCGCCUGGAGCCGCCGCGCGGAGCCGUGUAGGUGCCGCGGCGGGGGAGCAGUCCACGUCGUGGCGUCGAGCAGCGCUCGGACGGCGUCGGGCGCCGUGAACCGCCCACCCCUACGCCAUCGACGCGACGCGUGCGACGUGGCACCGCGCCUGAGUGGUUGCCAACAGCAUCGUGCCGCCGGCGCGGCGACAGGUCUGAGUCAGGUCUCACAGGUCGCAGACGUCCUUGGGGAGUAGUAACCGAUAAGCUAUGUGA